AUGAACAAAGGCCGCAAAAGAACACUAAGAAGCAGGUCGAGGCCCCUGGCCCACAAGCGGGGAACAAGAGCGGUCGAGCCAGAGGAUCCUCGGCCCGACUCGCAAGGGCAGCGCGGGGGGCCGAAGCCGGGCCGCUACGAACCCUACGACUGGGAUUCGGACUCAGACGGGGGACACGGAGACGGAGGGGGUCACGGUCGAGUCGGCCGCAAAACUCGCGCGGGCCGGCGAUCCCAUCCGCCGGGGGACAAAGCCCGUGAGCCUGAUGCGGCAGCGGUGGAGCCCGUGGGUCCUCGGCACGACUCGGAAGGGCAGCGCGGGGCCCCGAAGCCGGGCCGCUAUGAACCCUACGACUGGGAUUCGGACUCAGACGGGGGAGACGGAGGGGGCCACGGUCCGCCGCGGGACGAAGCCCUCGAGCCUGAUGCGGCAGCGGUCGAGCCCGAGGGUCCUCGGCACGACUCGGAAGGGCAGGGCGGGGGAGACGGAGACAGAGGGGGCCGCGGGCGGGGGAGACGGAGACAGAGGGGCCACGGUCAGGUCGGCCGUGAAACUCUCGAGGACAGGCGAUCCGAUCCGCCGCGGGACGAGGCCCACGAGCCUGACGAUGGAGCGGUCGAGCCCGGGGGUCCUCAGCAUGAAUUGGAAGGGCAGGGCAGAGGCGACGAACCCUCCGAUUGGGAUUUGUACGAGUGUGAAACGGACGUGGACGAGCUCGAUGGUUCUCAAAGUGAAACGGAAGAACAGCACCGGGGCCCCAGGUCAUCGGGCGAGGAAGACGUCGAGGAAGCCGUUGAGGAAGACGCCGAGGAAGACAUAGAGGAAGAACCAGCCGCAGAGAGCGCGAGCGUGUACCCGGAUACAUUUUCCUCCAAGAACGGUGAAAUAAAGUGGUCAGCGAACGAGCGUGAUCGGUCGAGCGUCCGGGCGUCCCCUCCUCACCAGGCCUCAGGGCCUACCACUGAGGCGAGGGAGGGGGCUCAAGACAUCCUGUCUUCUUUUCUUUUGUUUUUCACUCCGAAUGUAGAAAGACUGAUUUUGAUAGCUACCAACCGCCAUAGCGCCGAUAAGGCCCACGCCUUAAAGACUCCGAAACCCAUGGACGAGAUUGAACUGAGAGCCUACGUGGGACUGCUGAUCUUGGCCGGGGUGUACAGGUCUCGAGGCGAAGCGUUGGUGAGCCUGUGGGAGCCCGAGUGCGGACGACCGAUCUUCGGGGCAACCAUGUCCCUUAGAAGCUUUUACCAGCGCUCUGCGACGCUCAGGUUCGACGAUCGAAGCACGAGAGCCUCUAGGAGCGCUUCGGACAGAUUGGCCGCAGUCAGAGAGGUGUGGGAAGAGUGGUGCGAUCGGCUGCCCAGGCUUUACGACAUCGGACCCGAGGUGACUGUGGACGAACGAAUGGUUCCUUUCAAAGGACGUUGUUCUUUCAGACAGUACAUUCCCAGCAAGCCUACCAAGUACGGCCUCAAACUAUGGGUCGCUUGCGACGCAAGGACGAGCUACGCUUGGAGGGUCCAACCGUACAUGGGCAAGCUGGCUUCGGGUGCUCGAGAGACAAACCUUGCGUCCCGAGUGGUUUCGGAUCUCACCCGGGGACUGGAGCACCGUAACGUCACGUGCGACAAUUUCUUCACUUCGUACGCGCUCGCCACCGAGCUCCUGAAACGGAACAUCACCCUGCUCGGUACGAUCAAAAGCAACAAACCCGAACUGCCUCCGGAGCUCGCGUCGGCCCGCGGACGAGAAGCACUCUCCUCCAGGUUCGCCUUUACGGACUGCGCCGCGGCCCUUUCCUACGUGCCCAAAAAGAACAAAAACGUCCUGCUCCUUAGCACGAAGCAUUCGAGGGUCGAAAUAUGCCACGAACGCAGGGACAAAAAACCAGAGAUGAUCUUGGAUUACAAUAAAACCAAGGGCGGCGUGGACAACCUGGACAAACUGCUGGCCACGUACAGCUGCAGGAGAAUGACCAAGCGCUGGCCCUUGGCCAUGUUCCACAACAUGAUAGACAUGUCGGCGUACAACGCGUACGUGAUAUGGAGGGAAAUGCACCCGGACUGGAUGCCGUGGAACCGCAACCGAAGGAGAAUCUUCCUCGAGCAGCUGGGCAAAGAUCUCGUCAGACCGCUCGUACUUCGCAGGAAGCGUGUUCCUCGCGCAAGGCCGGCCUACGAUCUAAUGGUCAGCAUGCAAGAAGCCGGCGGGACGAGCGCGCGCAGCGAGGGCAAAAGAAAACGAUGUCAGAUAUGCCCGCGCUCCAAGGACACAAAGACGCUGAUCUCCUGCAAGAGCUGCGGAAAGAGCAUCUGCAGAGGCUGCACUGUCCCCUUUUGCCCCCUUUGCUCCGAGCGCCAGGGAAGGGACGGCGACACAGACGCGUCCCAGUGAAAGGGAUCGAGCUGUCUGGUAGCGCGACCUGAUGCCUCGUUUCCCACUCGAGUAACUGAAAAUCUGUUCUGUUUUGAUAUCAGCGAGUCUGUCCUCUGUGCCGCCCUGUAUGUCCUCUGAAAAUAAAACUGAGAACUGCUGUCGUACAAAGGUGUCUGUGUGCGCGUGUGUCUGUGUGAACAUUCGAGAAGCAAAACUGUUGAAAGGGUUUGAGGGGUCUACGCGAAGGUACGGAUAUUUCGAUCCAACGUGUUCGAUUCACAAAGAAAGGCCUACAAACAGGGCUGGUUUGAGCUCGCAAAGCCUCUCAGCGCCCACAGGCCAACUCUGUCCUCGUUCGAGUGGAUAAACAGAGUCAGCAGGGAUUCUAAGCUUUACGGGGAGAGAAUUGGCCUGCAAGCUCUGAGGCUUGGCGUUCUGGAGGUAUCUUCACAUUCAGAAUGCUUGAGUCCGGAAAGAUUUUUUUUUUUUCUUCCCACUCGAGCUGUCAGAAUUACAUGUGGAGCCAGUUUGGGGAGGGAACCGCAACAGCCGAGAGCUCAGCGGAAGGGGAAAAAAAUGAGUUGGCCUUGUAGCACCAAAUCUCUUAUGAAUCCUAUGAGCUCUCCACCUAAACCUACUGUGAAUGUUGUGUGAGAUUUUCACUGGGUGUAAAAUAAAAUAAAAACAGAACAAAUAAUCGAAAAGAACCCAAACAUUAUAGUUUUUUUUUUUGUGUGAUUCGGGGAUGUCUUCUGAUGCAAAAGGCUCGUAGCGCUGGCCAGCCUUCGCGAUCUGGUCUGCGCCCUGGAAACGAGCAGCGUGGGUUUGCGAGGGUAGCCGAGCUGCCACACGGCUGCUCGUUCUGGGAUAGGAUUGGCCUGCGAGCUCCUCUCAUCAACGACACGCUUCAGUUUGCCUCUGAUUCGGCUUCCCUGACACAGCGCGCUGUGAUGUGACUCGCAGAGCCACACAUCAAACCCUUCCCAUAGAGCUUCAUGUGCUGUCAGAGGGGAGGCGAUCGGCCUGCUCUGGGGCUGGGCUCCCCUUGGGGUUGCUUCACAUUUGGAACAUUUGGAGAUACAAGCGGAGCCAGCCCGGAGAGGGAACAGAAACGGACCACAGCUCAACGGAAAGGAGAGAAUGUUGGUCUUUGAGCACUCCGCCUGAAGCUAUCGCGAAUAUUCCGUGAGGUUUUCACUGUCUGUAAAAUAAAAAUAAAAAACAGGACAGAAAAUCCAAACGAACACAGAAAUUGUUUUUAUUUUGUAAGACUUUUUUAUUACAACAUGACCUGGGUAUCCAACCCAGGGUGGAACCGAAACGGUCAGAGCUCAGCGGAAUGGAGAAAGUCGGCCCUCCCUGACACAGAGCGCUGCGGUGUGACUCGUGGCAUCCAGCCUGUCUCUCAGUCAGCUCACUCUCAGGCGCAGGCUGCGUGUGUUUUUCAGACGCGAAAGGCCCCAGCCUGUCUCUGAGGAUGCCCCCCUGCCCCCCGACACAGAGCUCUGUGGUGUGUGGAUUGUGUUCUGAAAGGGUUUUCUCACUCGAGCGGUCAGAAUUACAUCCUGAGCCACGCAGAGCCGCUCGUGCGGUUCCCUUCACCCGACCUGAGCCUCUCCACGGAGCUUCAUGUGCUGUCAGAGGGGAGAGGGUCUGCGUGCGGGCUGCUCUCAGCCAAUGCACGAUCUAGCCUGCCCCUGCGCGGUCCAGCCUUCCUCUCAUUCUCCUCCCCUGCAGGCGCGGGCUGCGUGUGUGCCUCAGACAGGAAAGGCUCCAGCCUUCCUCUGCCUCGGCCCCCCUUGAAACAGCGCUCAGUGGCUUUACUUCACGCAGAGCCGCUCAGGAUUUUUCCCUACACACACCCCAAGCCUUUCCGUCGAGCUUCAUGUGCUGUCAGAGGGGACAGGCUCUGACUGCGGGCUGCGCUGCAGCUCGGCUUCCUUGAGGUUGCUUCAAAGUUAGAACGCUUGUGUUCGGAAAGGGUUUUCUCACUCCGGCUGUCAGAAUUACAUCCUGAGCCACCCUGGAGAGGGAACAGAAAUGGCCCAGAGCUGAACAGACUGAAGAGAAUGUCCUUCUUAGAGCUCUACGCCUGAAUCUAUCGCAAAUGUUCCGUGAGGUUUUCACUGGCUGUAAAA